UUACCAUCCACAGUUGUCUCUGAACAUGCUGAAGGGCCGCCUCAAGCAAUGUUCAAGAUUUGACCCAGGAGCAGCUACAGUAUUAUGGUUGAUCAGAGUGAGAGGCAUCUGCGGAAAAUAUUUGGAGGAUAUAUUCUCUGCGAGAGACAUAUUGCAUUCAAGCAGGAAGGAAGAAGCAAAAAUGCUGUUAAGACGAUUAUACAGUUGCAGAAACAACAGAGAUCUCAGAACCAUCUCAAGAUGCUCUUGGUGCAUCAACAGAAGAUCAGAAGUGGACCAUGCUUAUCUUGAUGCUACAGGGAACAAUGGUACAGUUGCCCCAUCCACUGUCAUCUCUGAACAUGCUGAAGGGCUGCCUGAAGCCAGGAACUUUCAGCGUUUAACAGAGGAGCAAGGUCAACUCCUAAGAAAAUGUCGAAGUGUUCAACAUUACUAUGAGACGGGAACUGAAGAUGAUAGACUGUAUUAAUUCAAUCAAAAGCCACAAGUGUUUGAAUUCUCUGAAGUGGAAUUCAAUAAAAAAACACAUUACACAGUUGGAUAACGACAGAUUGCACACUGAAACAAUAAUAAGUGUUCAAAGUGCUAGUACAUCUUGUACAUAGUGUCAAGGUGUCCAAGCAUGUCUCUGUAAGCCAAUGGUUCACUGCAUAUGAGGUUAAUUUAUAUCUUACAGUGGAUUGCAGCAAAAGGCCAGAGGAAAAUAUGUUUUGAUACUUAUCCGUAUUUUGAAGAAGAAAAAUGGGGCUGAAUGGCAUGUUUAUUUUUUUUUAUUUGACGGGCGGGCUGGGAUGAGAAUCUAAAAUAUUUUUUCUCUGGCUUAAGGCUUUAUUCUUAGUAUGUAUCAAUUAUGUCAUCAUGAUGAAGUCAUCGUUACUAUUCUACAUUGUUAAAAAUUAGAUUCAAUCAUUUUUAGAUUUCCGGAGGUUUUGAAGAGCAUAUUUUUAACAGCCAAUGGGAUCAUAAGCACAUUUCGAGUGUUACAUGACCCAGCCUUUUUAUCAAAAGUUGCUCAGAGUUCAUUUUUGCGUGUCAGAGUAAAAGGCCUUGGAAACUUCAAAAUGGCUGAAAAGGCUUGUCCAAGCACUUUAUUUUCGCUUGCACUGUUUAUCAUCUAGGUUAAUAAAUAUAAUUUCAGUUGAUUUGCAGAAAGUUUACCAGGAUAAGAAUUUGUCGAUUGUUUCUAUACAAUA